UUUAUGAAUCAAAUAAUUUAUUUUAUCCUAAGCUGUAAAAAAUCUACGAAUCAUCAUAGGAAAUUACUUGUUGUUAUUAGCAGAAUCCGCGGUUUAAGGUUUCUUAAUGUGUCUGAGCAUCGGCGAUUGGUUUACGCGUUUAACAAACUUACAGCCACCCGUCUAAAUAUUUGAAGAUCAUCAAGAUUUAUACAUUCAUACCAACACCCAAUUUUCAAAUUUCUGCAAAAUCACUCCCAAGUUUGACCCUUUUAUCAAAUCGGCAACACAUUGAGUGAUUGCAGGUUUUAGUCUAUUGGAAGUUUGCUUUGGAUUAGUUAUGGUGAAGCAUACAGAGUACUAUGACAUAUUGGGGAUUGGUGUGACCGCGACUCCUGCUGAAAUUAAGAAAGCUUACUAUUUUAAGGCAAGGACUACACAUCCAGACAAGAACCCCGGGGACCCACAAGCUGCUCGUAAUUUCCAGGUCCUUGGGGAAGCUUAUCAGGUGCUGAGUGAUCCCGAGAAACGUGAACUUUAUGACAAAUAUGGUAAAGAAGAUAUGGCGAAGGAUUUGAUGCACCCUGCAACUGUAUUUGGGAUGCUGUUUGGGAGCGAUGUAUUUGUUGAUUAUGUUGGGGAACUUAGAUUGGCUUCCAUGCAAGCUGUCGAAGAUGAGGAGGACGAAGUUGUUCCUGAGCUUCGUAGGCAGAACAUUCAGGAUAAAUUGAAGAAAUUGCAAAAGGAAAGGGUAGAGAAGCUGACGACAAUUUUAAAAGAACAUCUUCAGCCAUAUGUAGAAGGCCGAAAGGAUGAGUUUUUACAAUGGGCACAAUCAGAAGCGCAACAUCUUGCUCAAGCUGCUUUUGGUGAGGCUAUGCUGCAUACUGUUGGUUAUAUCUACACAAGACAAGCAGCCAAAGAAAUUGGGAAAACUAAAAGAUUCAUGAAGGUGCCGUUUUUGGCAGAAUGGGUAAGGGACAAAGGGCACCUAAUAAAAUCACAAGCAAUGGCGGCCUCAGGGGCUGUGUCUUUACUUCAAAUACAAGAAGAACAGAAGAAGUACCAUGAGGAGAACAAAGUAGAGGACGCAAUCAAAACAAUGGAAGAAAAGAAAGAUAUCAUGAUUAAAUCACUUUGGAAAAUUAACGUCUUGGAUAUUGAGUUAACUUUAUUGAGUGUUUGCCAAGCGGUCCUUAAAGAGCCCAAUGUUCCCAAGGAUACUCUCAGGCUACGUGCUAGGGCCAUGAAAAAGCUGGGGACAAUUUUUCAGGGUGCGAAGCCAAUGUACAGAAGAGAGAGCAGUUUGCGCAGUGAAAACACAGACAUGGUAGAUAGUAGUGGUCCAUCGUCUAAAUGAGAACUAAUAUUUCAUCGCUGUAUCUGUGCUCGGGUUUUGUUCAAUGUUGUGCGCCUCUGUUAUUACAUUUUGGUAUCUCUCUGUUCUUCAGAAACAGUUUGAUCCUUCUAUGGCCAAAAUCUCAAUUUUUAGAAAACCUUCAACAUAUUUCUUGUGAAAACAUAUAUUUAUGUGUGUAAACGGUACCUCCUUAUUCUUCAUGAUGUUGACCACAUUUCUGAUUUGUAUUUACAUUUCAGUGUACUAAUUUGGUAUAGGAAUAGGGGAGCGUGAUGAGAUAGAUCGAUAUCCAAUCGUACAACAGCUGGUUGCUAGUUGCUCGAUCUUAGUCUUGAACUAAUCUUGCUUUUCUUCUUGAGUGCAUUCUUUUGACUUUCUUGUUGUACACUUCAGUUUUUCUUUCUUUUUUUAUAUUAAAUUGUUCAAAGUUUGCCACUUUCUGUUGGAUAUUAUUUAUUUUUAAAAAUAAUAAUAUAUAUUUAGAUGA